AUCAUCAUUUUCACUAUCGGUUGCCGAAACAUCCGACAUGGUACAAGCAAAAAGUGGUUGCCAACAGAAAUGUGGGAAUGUAACCAUUCCAUAUCCAUUUGGUAUAGGUAAUGCCUGCUCCAUGAAUGGUAAUACUAGAUACAAGAUCAUCUGUGAUUCUUCAUUUAAUCCUCCUAAACCGUUUAUCGACGCAAGCGGUGAUAAACUACAAGUUCUGAGUAUAUCAGAUACAGAAGUUCGCAUUAAAAACUCCUUCACAAUAGUCUAUUGCAACGAUCAUUCUGGUAAAUCUAUGGCUAAUGAUGACUAUGAAGAGUCUGGUCUUUACCCUUACAUCAACCUAAGGAAUACUCCAUUUACUGUGUCGUUUACCAGAAACAAUUUAUUUGGGAUCGGAUGCGACCUCGCCGGAGUCGCACUUUGGACGGAUGGCAACGAUGAAAGACAAGAGGUAAUGAGAGAAUGCAAAUCUAGCUGUGAGAUUAAGGAAACUACGGCAAGAACAUCCUGCAACAGCAAUGGGUACAUAUGUUGCGAGACAGAUAUCCCAAAGGGUACCAAGAGAUUUAGUGGAGAGGUGUACAUGCCUGAAACCAAGAAUGUGACUAAAACUUCCAAUUUGUGCAACUUCGCCUUAUUGGCUGAGCUAGGGCAAUAUUCGUUCAAUCCACAGGAUCUUACAAUGGAAGGCUUCCUUACUACAUAUAAAAAUGUUGUCAUACCGGUGGUGCUCGACUGGGCUAUGGAAUCUAACCGUACUUGUGAAGAAGAGGAGGUAAACAGUAAAACUUAUGCGUGCCAGGCAAACAGUUAUUGUUCCGAGACAACAAAUAUCCCGGGAUAUCGCUGCAUUUGCAGCAAAGGGUACAAAGGAAACCCGUAUCUCGAAUCUGGAUGCACAGAUGUAAAUGAGUGCGAAGAUAAGAACAACAAUCCCUGCAGCGAAGGCAUUUGUACAAAUACAAUCGGAAGUUACAAGUGUUCUUGUCCAGAAGGCAAGAGCGGCGAUGGGAGGAAAGACGGGCCUGGUUGCAUCAGUAUCGUUUACAAAGAAACUGUUGGCAAGGCCGAAUUCCCCGUGCUAAAGGUUGCACUUGGUAUUGGACUUGGGAUCCUUAUUAUCAUUAUUGGCGGGUUUCUUCUACACUUGAGCAUUCGGAAACGGAAGCUGUUCAAGCUUAAAGAGAAGUUCUUUGAACAAAAUGGUGGGUUACUGUUAAGGCAACUUUUAUCUUCAAACGAAAAAGGCGCAGAGUCGACAAGAAUCUUCACAUCGGAAGAGUUAAAAUCGGCAACCAACAAAUAUAACGAGAGUGAAGUUCUUGGGGAAGGAGGGUAUGGUAUAGUGUACAGGGGAACUUUAUCUGAUAAUCGUGUAGUCGCCAUCAAAAAGUCAAAGGUAAUCGACCAGAGUCAAAUCGAGCAGUUCGUAAAUGAGCUUGUUAUUUUAACUCAGAUUAAUCACAGAAAUGUGGUGAAGCUCUUGGGUUGUUGCUUAGAAACUGAAGUUCCUAUGCUUGUUUAUGAAUAUGUAUCUAGUGGUACUCUUUUCCAACAUAUUCAUUCCAAGCAGAAUGAUUCUACUGGAAUGCCCUCCAUUACUUGGGAAAGCCGCUUAAGGAUUGCAACCGAAAUCGCUAGUGCAAUUGCAUACUUACAUUCUGCAGCAUCUCCACCCAUCAUUCACAGGGAUAUAAAGUCCACCAACAUAUUACUGGAUGAAAAUUACACGGCCAAAGUCGCGGACUUUGGAGCGUCAAGGUUAGUUCCAUUGGAUCACACGCAUAUAAAUACAAUAGUUCAUGGGACGUUUGGAUAUUUAGAUCCUGAAUACUUCAACUCAAGCCAACUCACAGAUAAAAGUGAUGUGUAUAGUUUCGGUGUGGUUCUUGCUGAACUCUUAACGGAUGAAAAACCAGUUUGCGUUAUGAGACCAGAAAAUCAAAAAAAUCUGUCAACAUACUUCAUGUCUUUAAUGGAAGGAGAUGAUGCUUUCCAACUUAUGAACGAGAAAUUUGCAAGUGAUGGGAAAUUGGAGGAAGUGUUUGCAGUCGCAGAAAUCGCAAGGAAAUGCCUUAACUUAAAGGGUGAAAUGAGGCCUACGAUGAAAGAGAUAGCAGCAGAUCUACAGGUUUUACUAAGGUCAUAUGGACAGGAUCAUCAAACAAGCAACAAAAAUGGAACAUCCAACUUACCGUCUGACGCUAUUGAUCUCUAUAGUAUCCCAUCAUAUAGCAGCACAAGUGUAUCCUUUUAGUCUUUACAAUCUUUAAUUGUUUAAGGAUUAGAAUCCAACUUCCACUGUAUCCUUCAUGUUGUCCGUAAUUUGGCUAGUACAGUCAUUUCGUGAGCAGCAGUGUGUCAUAUACAGUUUCCAUGAGUAGAUUAACACAAGUGUAUCACCACAAAAUUACAAGUAUUAGUGAA